GCGCUCGCGAGGUUGGAAGGACGCGCGGCAGGACAAUAUUGCCCUUGUGCAGCGGGACGAUCCUGGCGUUCGCAUCCAAGCAAAGUCCGUUUCCGGAAUAGCCGUCGGCGGUCGGAUGACCCGCGUCGUCGCGCGCGCCUUGCGUUUCGCUCGGAAAAGAGUUAGGUUAGCGCGUGCAUCCGCGGGCCCGAUGGAAAUAUUGCACCUCCUAGUGCACGCGAAAUCCCAUCCCGCUCGCGAAACAGCAUCGAAACGGGGCAGCUAGGGAACGUCGCGGCCGCGGAGGCCGCUUUCGCAAUGUUGCGAUCGGUCAAUCGAUGUUGACGCGACAUCGAGUUCCGCCGAGGAGGGACGAGGGAUCCGAGUGAGAGGAGCGCACGAAGUCGAGUGCGAGGCCCUAUCCUGGACGUUCCAGCGGAAGCUUAAGUAUGCCCUCUUGUCAUUCGGACUCCCGUUUCUCUCGCACACGAGCCUCACGUGUAACGUUGUUUCAGCUCGUGACAAGCGGAAGGGCAUAUUUGGCGUUCUUCGGCGCGUGUCGAAAGGGUGCAUUCCUUCCGACCGAGGCACUUCAGGAAGGAUAAGCGAGAGCUCGCCGGCUUGCCGGACGCAAUGUCGUACCAUCGCGGCGGCCAAGCGGGCGCCGUGGCAGUUUCCUACAGCACCAGCCCAAUGGCGCCGCACUCACCCAGCCGGAGAUACUCGAGCGGUACCGCCGGCACCACCACCACCAGCGGCAUCGGUAGCACCGCGUCCAAGUACAGCGCCUACCGCUCCGUCGCCGGCACCAGCUCGAUCCUCGACCAGCCCACCAGCUUCUACACGUCGCCGUCCUCGGCGGGCUCGAGUCUGCGCUCGAAUUACAUCUCCUCGGAGUACAGACGAUCCUAUUGCGCGCCAGGAAGCUUCUACUCGUCGACCGCUACCCUCACGAGCAUCCGCAGGAACUACUCGUCGGAGUACAGUCGGGCCAACCGCUCACCCGCAAGGUCAGUCUCGUCGUCAGCGUACGGCGAAGCGGCCGGCCCGUCGUUGACGUCGGCGUCGAGCGUCGUGGCAAACGGCGGCGGCAGGUACAGCGGCUCCUCCACGUCGAGCGCCUCGUCUUCGUCGAGGGAGCGCAACGCCGACCUCACGUCCGCGGCCGAUAUCAUCAGCAGGUACUCGCCAGCCGGCUACGUGCCGAACAUUCGCCAGUCGAGCGGCGCUGCGGCCGGCGGCGGCAGCGCGCAUCAUUGGAAGCACCGCUCCACGUCGUCGUCCCUCAGCGAGCUGUUUGGCGGCGACGAGCGCGAGGUGGUCGAGCGCAGGGACCGGCCCGAGUCCUCGCUCUCCUCGUCGUCGUCCUCCGGCUCGGCCGCCGCUACCGGCGGGAGCCUGUGGUCGAGAUCCGCCAAGAAGAGACCACCUACGAGCAGCACGGUGCUCAGCAGCGGCGGACAUGCACGCGCGGACAGCGCCGCGUCAACCCUCGCCGAGGUAACCAUCGACGAACACGUUAGUCGUAAGGUAGACGACGCUCGCGACGACGACGACGACGUUACGAAGGACGUUAAUAACGGCGACGACGAUCAGCAUAACAACAACGGCAACCUCGGCAGCGGGAACGACGGUGGCAGGGGUGGCGGCGGCGGCGGCGGCGGCAGUGGCGAGGCCGCCUGCGGAUUCGGCGUUAACAACAACGACGACGACGACGAGCGCGACGUGAACGACGCGAACGACAGGGGGGACGGUGACGGGGACGACGGCGACGACGACGACGACGACGGCGACGACGAUAACAAUCGCAACAACCGCCAGCAUAACCGCCAACAUCAACACCACCACCACCAUCACCACCACCACCACCACCACCUUCGCCAGCAACGCAGCCGCCGACCCGACGAGGUCUCACCCGCUAAGCGUAACCUUCUCUCACCUAGCGGUGGUGGUGGUUUGAUCGGUGUUAGCCUUGAUCUGUUGACUAACCUCGCGACUAAUCCCCGUAACACCGAGCUGCUGAUCAAUAACAACGCUCAGGACAAGAAGGUGACGCGAAGGGAGGAAGUUACAAGCGCGAACAACGACGACGAGGUAAUACGCGCCGCUCCCGGCGAUGGCCACGACGACGACGACAACGACAACGCACCCGCGUCGAUCGACGUGAUCACUACGUUCCUGCAAGGUGGUCGCAGCGCGGCCACCAGCGAACGAAACGAAGAUGGCGUCGAGGAGAGAAGAAGCGGCCCUUAUAACAUGGCCGAGAACAGCUUCGGCGUCGCAACUUUGCCAGUCCUGCAGAACGGUGUGCCCAGUAGGUCGUCAGUCACUCACGGUGACGAGCCCUCAUUGGCCAUCCCUUCCACCUCGAGGAGAGCGGAACAGUCUGGCGGCGGUCUCCUCCCGGCGGCCAGCGCGAACAGCACCACGGGCAACCUGACUUCGUCACCCACAACGAACCCCACGUCGCAUCACAGUAUCUACCGCGGUGCCAACGAGCAAUACGAAGGUAGCCCGACCAGUAGAUCGGCGCGCAACCGUCUGCAAGCCUACCGCGACGAGCGAUGUGGUCUAAACGGCUUACGGAAUAUUGGAAACACAUGUUUCAUGAACAGCGUGAUCCAAUGCUUGAGCAACACGAGACCUCUGUUGGAGUAUCUGCUGAACGAGCAGUACUUGGCCGACAUCAACACCACCACAUCCAGCAUGAAGGGCGCUCUCAUCAAAGCCUUCAGUCAGGUGAUUCACGAGUUGUGGGAGGUGGGCGGUGAUCACGUGGUGAACACGACCUCGCUCAAGUCUCAGAUACAGAGAUUCGCGCCGCGCUUCAUGGGCUACAGUCAGCAGGACGCUCAAGAGUUUCUCAGAUACCUGCUCGAGGGUCUGCACGAGGACGUCAACAGGGUCACCACCAAGUUGCCGCCGAUCCACGGAGACAUACCGGACAGUUACACGGAGACGCAGAAAGCGGUGGAGAGUUGGAAGCGAUACCUGCGCAGCGAGGACAGCAUGGUAGUGGACGUCUUCGUCGGCCAGCUACGCUCGUCUUUGCACUGCACCUCCUGCGACCACGUGUCGGUCACACUCGACCCGUUCUGGGACUUGAGUCUGCCAAUACCAGCCAGGAGCGGCACUGUCAAGCUGAGCCAGUGCUUGGAACACUUUACGCGAGAGGAGGUAUUGGAUGGCGACGAGAAACCGACAUGUUCCAAGUGCCAGAUGAGGAGAAAGUGCACCAAGAGCUUCAGCAUACAGAAGUUCCCGAAAAUCCUGGUUAUUCAUUUAAAACGGUUCUCCCCGAUGGAGCGUUUCCGCGGCAAGCUGAACGUGAUGGUGGACUUUCCGUUGACGGGAUUGGAUCUCAGUGCCUUUGCCGCCCCGAAAGUUCCGGGCUGUACAUACAAUCUGUACGGAGUCGCGAAUCACUCGGGUACCACGUACUCCGGUCACUACACCGCGUACUGCAAGCACCCGUACUCGGGAGAAUGGCACGAGUAUAACGACAGCCGGGUGUCCGUCGUGUCGGCCCGGUCAGUCGUUUCCAGUGAAGCCUACGUACUGUUCUACGAACAGCAGCCUCACAGUUCUCACUUGUAACCUUACGCCAUUGCCUAGAAGUAAAAACAACAACCAUCUUGCCUCUCGAUACUUGCCUCAGUCCAGCCUAGUAAAGUCUGUCUUCUGGUAUUGAAAAGCGACUAAACACUGAAAGAGAAACGAGGAAUCACCGAACGUACGCGCGCGCGCGCGCGCGCGCGAUCCGUACAACUUGGGGUGUAGAACUGGGUGCAUCGUGGCCUUGGCGAUAAUCGUGUCUCUUCCCGCAAUAUAUAUGUUUCUUGACAUAACGUCGCAUGCGUGUCACGUCCUUUUAUAAAAGAGAAGAGAUUCACGAGUGUUUAUAAUUCUGAUAUGAAUGUACUGACAUGUAUCAGGAUUAUACGAUAUGUCCGUGUUUGUAUGUAUAUACAACAUAUUUACGUACGCAUUCACAUAUGUGUGUGUGUAUGUAUGUGUAUAUAUAUACACCUCGGCAUGAGAAAUUAUUUCCGCAGAUCGAGAGAAUAUCAAAUUUUACCUAUAAAAAAAAAUUAUUCAUUUAUUCGUAUUUUGUGUUGCGUAUUGCGGUAGAGUUUUACAUUUCUGUUCUGAUGUAAAAGAAGCGACAUGUCUUGUUUGUUUUUUCUGCAUGGGGAAAAAUCCCCGACAACGCACCGUUUUACGACUUGGUAGGAAACACGAUAACGAAGUCGCCGAAGAUCACACACGUCAUCAGCGUUUCAGAUGUCUAGUUACUUUU